AUGCCCGACAAGACCCUCACAGUCGCAACUUAUGCUGCAGGUGCCUCGUUUGCCGCCAUCACCCUCGUCUAUGUAUUUGGCCCAACUUUCUUCUUCGAUGCUGGCCCAUCUGCCUCAACGAACCGAAAUAGAGGCGCCGUCGGCCUCUCCAACCCUGCCAAUGAUUGUUUUAUCAACUCUGUUCUCCAGGCACUCGCUGGGUUGGGGGACCUUCGAAUUUAUUUAAUACGCGAAACACAUCGUCGCAGCCUCGAUGACGAGCUCGUCUACGCCCAGGUUGUACCAGUCGGUCUUCUCCCAGGAGAUGCGCAACACUUUAGGGGCGACAUGCCACACUGGAAGAUGGAGGGUUUUCAGAAAGGGCUGGUAACAAAGGGACUGAAAGAUAUCCUGGACGCUCUCAACGAACGACCUUUGUACAAGAAAACCAUCACCGCCAUGCCAUUCCUUCGUGUCUUGGAGGAGGCAUUUCGCCAGCGAAUUAGCAGACGGCAACAAGACGCUCAAGAGUUUCUGCAAGUGAUUGCGGAAAGGCUCUGUAAUGAAUACCACGCGGGACGAAGAGCGAGGGCCUCUGCACGACGGAGUUGUGCUCUUGGUGAUGCCGCUUUGGAGCUUGCGCAGACAGCGCCAGACAAGGACUCAACCCAGGGCCUGGCGAUACAAGUCAACGACAUUGAAAAACCACAAGGGCAGUCUGAAGUUGUCAAUGAUGGACUUGGUGAAGGGCAAGAGGAAGGCUUUCCUAUGGAGGGACAGUCUGAAUCACAGAUCGAAUGCCUCACAUGUGGUUUCAAACCCCGUCCUACAGCAACAACAUUUUGCACCUUGACUCUCAAUGUGCCACAGGUGUCAUCGGCCACCACACUUGAGGCUUGUUUUGAUGGCAUGUUCAAGACAGAAUACAUCGACGACUUCAAGUGUGAAAAAUGUCGUUUGAUGCAUGCCAUACUAUUACUGGAAGCAGACCUGCAGCGAUCCACCUCGGAAGUGGCAAGAGAAAAUAUACGAGCAGCUAUCGACAAACUGCAAUCUGCUCUUAAAACAGAUCCUGAGGACCCCCCGAAUGAUGUUGUUUUGCCAGACCUCAGUCAUGCCCCAAAGCGACGAAUAGCACGCCACAUCCGCCUUACCAGUUUCCCGAAGAUCCUGGCCAUUCACCUCUCUCGCUCAAUCUUCGACGCCAGUCAUUAUUCUCAGAAAAACUCGGCCAAGGUGGUUUUCCCCGAAAAACUUCCCCUGGGUGGGUUGCUUAACCCAAAAAAGUACAGACUCUUGGGCGUGGUGACACACAAGGGAAGUCACGACAGCGGUCAUUAUGAAACAUUUCGUCGCCAGGUUAUGCAACCCCCCUUUUCUAACCCUAGCACGUUUAAGCCAGCAGAAGUCUAUAGCAAAACCGUCAGCCCGGCGCCCACACCGCACAUCAGAGCUCAGCGACCGGACGGUGGAGAGGAGAACUCGUUGAUGUCAACACCAGAUCUUUUGUCCCCUUCCGGGGGAGACUCACUCACGCCGCCGUUGGACCCUUGGAAACACUCUGCACCGGCACCUCAAACGUCUAUCUUACCGGAUGGAGAUAAGCCAGCGUCACCUUUGGGCUCUCCGCAGAAAGAUGUCUUGUCUGUCAGCAGGGGUAGGGAAUCUGAAUCCACCAGUCUCCGGUCGGUUGCAGCAAACGCCAAAUCAACGUUCUCCAAAAUCACCUCUCGACCUUCAGCCGGGACCGAAAGCAACUCAAAAUCUGACGUGAUGGAUACAUCUACUGCGAAAUCAUUGACCACUGCCAAGCCGAGGCGCCGAAAAGUCCAAGACCGGUGGUGGCGUAUCAGCGACGACAAAGUUAAGGAAGCAAGUACCCGCGAUGUUUUGAGCAUGCAGCGGGAGGUCUACCUUCUGUUCUAUGAGAUGGAGCGCGCAUAA